AUCUCAUCCCACAUAUCCCAUCAUCCCUCAUCUCAUCCCAUCUUUUCUUCUCUCAUCUCAUCUCAUCCCAUCCCAUCCCAUCCCUCCUCAUCCCUCCCCAUCCGUCCCCAUCCCUCCCCUCAACCAGAGCCAUGUCGAGCUUAGAACUCGCUCUACAGCGACUCUUGGCAGAGGCUCAUCCCCGCAAGGAGCGCGACCUUGUCGAGGCUGCCCAGGGCGCCAUGGAAAGACUCCAAGCUUUCAAGCUUGCAACAGCGUCAUCCGUCCCCAAACAGUCCAUCUCCAACCCCACUCCAUCCGCUAGUAUCGAUGAACCCAGACCUUCAGUAACGACGACAGCAGCAACAACAACAGCAACAACAACAGAGUCCAGUAAUAGUGCGAUCAAAGCCUCGUCCUCCAUUGAAUUCGACUCGCUUGAUGCAGAAGAAUACUGGGUCGUCUUCAAGCUGGCAUGUGCUCCAUCAGUCUCUAACAAGGUCAAGGUCCUCGCACUUGAUGCCCUUCACAAACUGAUCGCCCACGGGAAACUCACCGGCGAUGCGCCCCUGAUACUCCCACCCGCCACCCGCACCACGCCCGUUCCUCCAUCUGCCAUCGGACGCCCAAAGUUUGCAGCCUUCAGCGAAACGAACGACCUCAGCCAUAUCGACUGUUCAGAUCCCACCGACCACCUUGCCCCUAACCUGCCCGGCGCAAACACAGUCGGUCCGGAUCAUUAUCCUGAUCCUCCACGGUUGCUGGAUGAGAUUGUCCACACGAUCUGCAUGACCUACCGCGGUCCUGGAACCAUUGACGACAAUGUUCAGCUUCAAAUCAUAAAGAUUCUCUUGACUAUCGUGACAUCGUCAACAUGCCACGUUCACCACGCGUCGCUCCUAAAAAUUAUCCAGACCAGCUGCAAUAUGUACUGCUGGGCAAAGUCUCCGAUUCUGCAGGCCACCGCCAAGGCAGGACUGACCCAGAUGGUGAACCUCGUCAUCUCAAAAAUGGAAACGGACGCACACAGUCUCAGGGAUCUCGAAAAGACACUCAAGAAGCAUUCGAUCGUUAUUCAGGAGCAAUCUCUUUCAGAGGACGGAGCUGAAACGCCCGUUGGACCGGCGCCAGGUGUAGAAGAGGAGACUUUAGAGAAGCGCAUCAUCGCUGCAGCCGAGUUGGAAACAAGAAUUGAGAUGCAGUUGGACGAGGAAGAGACAACAGUCGCCACAGCCCAACCCGAGACUGGAAAGAACCAGGAUCAGGAGCAUAGCCAGAUGCAGAACCGGGAUGCCCAAGAGGCGGUCGAAAAGUUACCAUGCGACAUCCCCCUUCCUUCUUCACCUGUUCUCGAGCGAACUCCCUCUAUCGCAUCAGCCGCGACAGUCGUUACCCCAGAACCCGACAAGCUAAAGGAACCUACUCCCCACGAGGCUGCAAUUGCUGCCUGCCGCGUAUCUAGACAGGAUGCAUAUCUCACCUUCCGGCUCCUCUGCAAACUCUCGCUCAGGGCCGACAUCACACCCAACAAUGCACAGCAGGAGGAACUAUCGAUCCGUGGCCGUGCACUUGUCCUGGAGCUCAUUCUCUCCAUGAUGAACAACUCUGGACCUGUUUUCCAGUCGGACAAUCUCUUUGUGGGCGCCGUGCGACAAUAUCUUUGUGUCUCCCUGUCUCAGAACGGCGUCUCUGCCAACGAGACACUCUUCGAGUUUUCGCUCUCGCUGUUCCUUACUCUGCUCCAGUAUUACCGAGCCCAAUUGAAGGCCGAGGUCGAGGUGCUGUUCAACGAAUUUUAUCUUAAAUUUCUGGAUAUGUCGAACGCCACUAUGCGACAAAAGGAGAUGGUCUUGCAGGGAUUGCACAAGAUAUGCUCCAACCCACAAUCUCUUGUCGACAUCUAUCUCAACUUUGACUGCGACUUUUCAAUGGCGUCCAUCUUCGAGCACAUAGUCAACUCUCUGUCGCGCAUCGCCCAGGGUCGAGGAAAGGUCAAUGCUUCGGCUACAGUUGGAAACAUGAUGGGCAAGCAGCUGCUGUUAAACGAGAAGGACGCCUGGACAUUGAUUCAGGACCGUCGACUGGCCGUGCAAGGGCUGAGGUGUAUGGUAUCUGUCCUGGAUUCCCUGGUGGAUUGGUCCAAGGAUGUCGGCGCAGUCCUUCCCUUGCCAGAGGCGAUUGCAGCAGCAGUCAGCACUGCUACCAGUGCAUCCACGAAUGGACACACCCGCGAUACAUUUGCUGAAAUGGGAAUAACCCCUGCACCAGCCUCACCGCAGCAAGAUACCGUCAACGUUGACAGCCCCCCAGGAGGUCUACCUCUUUCGCCUAGAUUUGCUCAAUCACCUUCCGGUCUUUAUAACAAGAUGUCGCACCCAGUCAUCAUCUCCAAGAACCCAUUGCUCGCCAUGUCUAUGCGUUCUCAGCAAAGCUCGAGCUCCAACAUGUCUUCGACUUCUGUUAGCACUGUUGGAUCUGCGGACUCUUUGGGAGACGAUCAUCCUGCCGAAUUCGAGGAAAUUAUGACACGCAAGCAGCUUUUUUUGAAGGGAGUCCGGUUAUUCAAUAGCAAACCCCUGAAGGGUCUCGACUUUUUGAUCAAGCAAGGGUUUGUCCAGGACGAUUAUCAGUCUAUCGCCGCAUACCUGAUGACGACACCCAGUCUUGACAAGGCUGCGAUCGGUGAAUACAUUGGUGACGGAGAUGAAAAGGCGAUCAAGGUCAUGCACGCAUUUGUGGAUCGUCUUGACUUUACUGGCGUUGGAUUUGUGGACGCUCUGCGCAUGUUCCUGCAGACCUUCCGUCUUCCCGGAGAAUCGCAAAAGAUUGAUCGUCUGAUGGAAAAGUUUGCUGACCGGUACUGUGACACCAACUCAAAGGUCUUUGCGAACGCUGAUACCGCCUAUACCCUUGCGUUCUCGGUCAUUAUGCUCAAUACGGAUCAGCACUCAGAUAACGUCAAGCGCAGAAUGGACGUCGCUGACUUUAUCAAGAACAACCGUGGAAUCAAUGACAACAGCAACUUGCCUGACGAGUACCUAGCCGAGAUUUUCCACAACAUCUCCACUAACGAGAUCGUGCUGGAGGAAGAACAGGCCAGAGAGGCGAGCAAGUCGAAUGCUGCGCCAGUUGGAAAUACCAAGCAACGUCAGGAGAUGUACGACAUGGCUAUCUCUCAGAUGCAGAAGAAUGCCCGCGCUCUCUUGACCGGCAACGAGGGACGCGUCAAGAGCACAGCCGUCUGGAGGAAUGCGACCCAUGCAGAGCAUGUGAAGCCCAUGUUUGCCGUGGCCUGCUGGCCAGCUAUGGCAACUCUCAGUUUGGCGUUCGAGGAGGCCAUCGACCCCAGUAUCUUUGCCUCAAAGACUGAGCCCAAAUCGCGCGAGUUUGCAGCCAUCAAUGCCGAGGCCAUUGAUCUCUGUUUGCGCGGGGUGACCAAUGCCAUCAGGAUCGCCAGCAUUUUUCACAUGGAAGUCGAGCGCGAUGCGUUUAUUUCGUCACUGGCCAAGCUGACUGGGAUGAACCACGUGAGCGAGAUGCAGCCCAAGAAUGUCCUGGCGAUUCGCACCCUGUUGAAGGUCGCCAACACCAUGGGGGAGUAUCUAGAAAAUAACUGGACCUUGAUCUUGAAAACUAUCAGCGCCAUGGAGCAACUGCAACUGAUCCCCCGUGGAGGAAGGGUUUCGACCGAGGGCUUCAAUGGAGUUGACUAUCAGCACACCUCCUCGAGUAACUCCCCGAACAAUUCGACACCUUCGCAGAUCCCUCAGAGUUCGUCCAGACGAAAGACUUCUCUAUCUGCCAUGAUGAACGAGUUCCAGUCCCAGGACACCAUUAUUGCGAUCGACAAGAUUUUCGCCAACAGCACCUCAUUGAGCGGAGAUGCUAUUGUUCAUCUUUUCAAGUCCAUCUGUGCUGUGUCCUUGGAUGAGGUUGAGGGAUCCCGUAACGCGCCUAGAAUGUACAUGCUUCAGCGAAUCGUUGAAAUUGCUGACUACAACAUGGUCCGUAUUCGUUUCGAAUGGACCCAGAUCUGGCGUAUCCUCCAGUCGUACUUUAACGCCGUUGGCUGCAGCUCGAACGCAAACGUGUCCACUUUUGCGAUCGAUUCCUUACGACAACUUGCGAUGAAAUUCUUGGCCCGAGAUGAGCUGGCGCAUUUCAACACACAAAAUGAACUGCUGAGGCCCUUUGAACACAUUUAUAAGAAUAACCCUUCGGCAGCAAUUCACGAUUUGAUCAUCCAGAGUCUUCGACAGAUGAUCACGGCUCGCGCCAGCAAUAUUCGUUCAGGAUGGAAGCCCAUGUUUGGAGUCUUUGGCAGGACAGCGACCCACGGCAACGGCGCUCUCGUCGAGAAUGCUUUCGGGAUUGUACAAAUGAUUUAUGAGAGCAGUUUUGAAGUGAUUGAGACGAGCUUUGUCGACUACGUCAACUGCCUUGUCGAGUUUUGUUUCAACUAUGACGAAGAGAUCGUCAACGGCGCCAUGGUCCUGCUUAAGAAAUGUGCUCGAGGACUCUGGUUAGAGGCUAGGGCUGUAGCGGAUGCCAAGGAAGAGCAACCUCAGCAGGGGAAGCAUUCGGGAGAGAAUCAGCCCAAAGAGAGUGCAGUCGAUGAGGAGGAUGAGGACAUGUUCUUCUUGAAAUGGUUCCCUAUCGUGUACGGGCUCUCUCGUGUUGUGAUCGAUUCUGAACUACCCAAUGUCCGAUCCAGAGCCCUAGUGACUCUCUUUGAGAUCUUGAACGGCUCUGGAGAGAUUUUCGAAUCGCAGUAUUGGUCCAAGAUCUAUCGCGUGGUGUUGAUGCCCAUCUUUGAGGAUCUCAAGGAUCCUGACUACAAGAGACGGGACCUGACAACGACUAUCUGGAUUCAGGCGCUUCGACUGAUGAUCAACCUCUACUCUCGUCAGUACCACCAGGUCUUCUAUGCGCAGACGGAUUUCUUAAAGGGAUUACUCGAACUCAUCACGCUGUUGGUGAGCAAGAAGAGUGAGAACCUGGGACAGAUGGGUAUCUUUUGCCUGAGCCAGCUUGUCAUCAAGAACGGCGCCAUGUUUGACGAUGAACGAUGGGAACUCGUCACAUCGACAUUGGAGACGAUAUUUGAGAUGACAACGCCGCACGAGGUGAUGGUUCUAGAUACUGGCGCCAAUCCCGGUACGCAGGUCACAGAAAGCGCCGCUGUCAAUGAGGGCACACCAUCGACCGCUUCAGCGCCAGCGCCCAAGUUUGACUUCCAGGAGACAGUGACCAAGUGCGCGAUCCAUCUAGUGGCGAUUACGUUCGUCAAGGACAUGGCUCUGAUCGACUUGUCGUUAUGGCCUUCGUCGUCGUCGCCUUUUGCUGCCCACCACGUUUCUGCGCCAUCGAACCCAGCACAGGUCCAGCCUCAACAGGUGCAGGGCGACCGCGAGUCGGCUGUUGGCGCUCGCUCGUCUUCGUUCUCGGGCGCAUCGGUUUCUGAUCAGCAAGGAGCCGCUUCAGGUCCAUUGACCAAGCCCCGGUUCCUGCACAGCAUGCCAACAGGACUUCGUCAUCGGUGGUUGGAGUGCCUCCGUAAGUCCUAUAGGUUCGUGAGGUCGUUCAACGACAACUACGAGCUCCGACACUAUCUCUUCAAGUCUGGACAGAUCCAGCAGAUGCCCAACAUGUUUAAGCAGGAGAAUUUGGCGCUGACGACGUAUGUGUCGGUCCUGUUUGACUUUUACCGUCAAUUUGGAGAUGGAGAAGGAUACGAUGCAGAGGAUGAGAUUCAGGCAGUUCUGGAGCCCCUGGUACAGGAAUCAAAACUGAUCGUGGCUAGGUACUUGGGCAUGCUAAGCGAACCUACUAAGUACCCCAAGGACGUGAUUGUAAACCAGUCGCAGCUAACGAUCAUGGUAUUGCGCGAGCUGCAGAGGACACCAAUCUGGUGGCCUAAUGCGGUGAUGGUGACAUCGGUUGGUAGUCCAUCCCCUUCGUCCUCGCUGUCGAAGCGAUCUUCGCCCACGACAUCGCCCUCGCCGACGGGUCAAGCCAACGGAGGUCGUCAACAAACUGCAACAUCAGCAGAGGCGGACAAGAGAAAGUACCAGGGGCUGCGAAAAGAGUUGCCUGAUUACUUCCGAUUGGCGAUUCGGUUAGUGGGCGUCGAACGGACAGAUGUCCGUGUUGCGCUUCAGGAGUUUAUGGGUCGUGUCGGCGAGCUGCUGAUCCUGGAAUGAUACGCUUUAUAUUCAACCUCAAAAAAAUAAAUUGUGAAAUACCAAUGCUGCGAACAAAUGAAUUCGACAUGAAAGCAAUUAUACUAGUCUAUCGUAGUUAAAGAUGCUCUAAAAUAUAGUUAUUACCCUGUCUAAUUCUCUCUCUCUUUCUCUCUCUCUGAUUUCAAUGUCCAACCGAUCCUCUACUCUGAUUGUUGUAGUCCCUUCCUGACAGCC